AUGAAGUUGAAAAAACCAUCUGAUAAGAAAUAUGUUCCUCUUAGUUCCUAUGAAAUUUUGUUUACUUCUCUGUUUGCUGUUUCUGUGUGUAUUUCUGUUGGACUGAUUAUACUUUCAUGGUUAUCAGUCCAGGAGCUAGAACGGGCUGAAGCAGAUGGGAAUACUCAUAGCUACCUGGGAAUAUUUAAAAUACUCUCUGGACCAUCAUUCUCUCCUGCUUUGAGAAAUAGAUCAGCAACUGAUUUUAAAGUCCUUGCCUUUGAUGUUGAAAAAUUGAUACAGAAUGUCUUUCAAGAAAGCGAGCUGAAAAAUGAAUUUAAGAGAUGCGAAAUUUCCCAUUUCAAGAAACCCAAAGACAGCUGUGAAAGAUUCAAGAUGUCAGAGACUGGUGUUGUUGUGAUCUUCAACCUUUAUUUUACCCGCAUGGUAUCAGUUGAAAAAGUAAAAAACGAGCUGGUUUUGGGUAUCAAUGCAAAUAAAACUUAUCUUACACAGACUUUUAAAAUUGAUGUGACCAGCAUACAAAUCACAGUACCCGAUGAAAAUUUUACUACAGUGAUGCCAUUAACUUCAUCAGCUGAGUGUUUGCCACCUGCUGAACUUUGUGAUGAUGGCAUAACCUGCAUUAGAAAAGAUUUAUUUUGUGAUGGAGUAUUGGACUGCCCAGAUAGUUCAGAUGAAUCUGAGAAAAGAUGUGCUGCAGUUUGUGAUGGAAAAUUUAUGCUGACUGAUUCCUCUGGGUUUUUUCACUCUAUGAAUUAUCCAAAACCAUAUAAUGCAAAUAUUUUUUGCCAAUGGAUUAUACAAGUGCCUCAAGGCUUAUCCAUUAAACUGAACUUCACUUCUUUUGAUACACAACAGUAUGCGGACGAUUUAAAUAUUUUUGAAGGUAUAGGACAAAAAAAGAUUUUAAGAGCUUCUCUGUCAGGGACUAAUCCUGGGACAAUUUACAUUUUUUCUCAUGAGGCUACAGCACAAUUUACAACUGAUUAUUCUGAAAAUUACAAUGGCUUUAAUGCAACAUACACUACAUUUAAUGCAAGUGAAUUAAACAAUUAUGAGAAAGUCAAUUGCACUUUUGAAGAUGACUUUUGUUACUGGAUACAAGAUUUAGAUGAUGAUUCAGACUGGGAGAGAGUUCAGGGCCCUACCUUUCCUCUUAUGAGUGGUCCUGAUUUUGAUCAUACAUUUGGCAACAUAUCAGGAUUUUAUAUUUCAACACCCAUAGGACUUGCAUUUGGAGAAGAGAGAGUCCGGAUUCUGAGUCUGCCUUUGGCCUCUUCAGAUCCAGUUUGUCUAAGCUUUUGGUAUUUCAUGUACAGUACUAAUGUUUACCGUUUAAGAGUUAGCAUAAGGAAUGAGCAUAGUUUGGAGAGGAUCAUUUUCCAGAAAGAAGGAAACUAUGGAAACAAGUGGAAUUAUGGACAAGUAACUUUAAAUGAAACAUCUGAUUUCAAGGUUAUUUUUGAUGCUUUCAAAAAACGUGGUCCCAGUGAUAUUGCUUUGGAUGACAUUGGUCUGACAAAGGGAAAGUGUAAUGAAAGUAAUUACGUAGACCCAACUGUGAUUCCAGAUGUCACUACUGUCCCUUCAGUUCCCACUGACUGUGGAGGGCCAGUUGAACUAUGGGAGCCAAACAGUACAUUCAGCUCUGAAAACUUUCCAAACAACUACCCUAAUCAAGCAUUUUGUGUGUGGUACCUAAAUGCUGAAAAGGGAAAAAACAUUCAGCUUCAUUUUCAGAUUUUUGAUCUGGAAAAUAUUCAUGAUGUAGUUGAAGUCAGAGAUGGCAGAGGACCAGAUUCCUUACUUUUGGCUGUAUAUACAGGAAAAGACUCGUUGUCAGAUGUUUUCUCCACAACAAACCAGAUGACAGUAAUCCUCCUUACCGACAAGUCUGAAACAAAGAAGGGAUUUCUUGCAAACUUUACUACUGGCUACCAUCUAGGGGGCUGUGCAAUCAAUGAGCAUCAGUGUGGCAGUGGGGACUGCAUAGCAUUGCAUAACCUGUGUGACAACCGACCUCAGUGUAGAGAUGGCUCUGAUGAAGCCAAGUGUGUGAGAUUGCUUAAUGGGUCUCUAAGCACUGAAGGGCUAUUGCAGGCCAGGAUUGGGCAGACGUGGUACCCGACCUGUGCAGAUGAUUGGAAUGAACAGAUUUCAGACAGUGUUUGCCAGCGGCUGGGGUUAGGGGGUGUAAAUAUGUCAUCAACUGUAUCAUUCACUGGAGAUGGCCCAUUUGUCAGCAUCACCAAAUCAUCUAAUCACAGCCUAAUAUUUACAAAAAGAGAACACUGUUUAAACAAGCUGGUGGUUCAUCUGCAAUGUAACAUUAAACCUUGUGGGCAACACCUGGUAACUCAGAACAAUGGACCAAGGAUUGUUGGUGGAAGUGAUGCCAGAAGAGAGGCUUGGCCUUGGAUAGUUUCACUCCAUUUUAAUUCCAGACCUAUUUGUGGAGCUUCUCUUGUCAGUGAUGAAUGGCUGGUGACAGCAGCACACUGUGUAUAUGGGAGGCAAUUAAAACCAUCUCAAUGGAAAGCAGUUCUUGGGUUGUAUGACCAAUCAGAUAUGACACAGCUUCCAACAGUAUUUCAAAAAAUUGAUAAAAUAGUUACAAAUCCUCAUUACAUGAAGCAUACAAAAGACAGUGAUAUUGCUCUGAUGCACCUGCAGUACAAAGUGCAAUACACAGAUUAUAUACAACCUAUCUGCUUACCAGAAAAAAAUCAGCAGUUUUUACCAGGAAUUAACUGCUCCAUUGCUGGCUGGGGUAGUAUCAUGAAUGAAGGUCCCACUUCUGAUAUAUUGCAAGAAGCAGAGGUCCCUCUCAUUUCAAAUGAAAAAUGUCAACGAUGGAUGCCAGAAUAUAGAAUUACUGAGAAUAUGAUCUGUGCAGGGUAUGAUACAGGAGGAAUAGACUCCUGUCAGGGAGAUUCAGGUGGCCCUCUGACCUCUGAAGAUGGUGACAAGUGGUUCUUGGUUGGUGUGACAUCAUUUGGCUAUAAGUGUGCAUUUCCCCAAAGACCAGGAGUGUAUGCUCGAGUCACCAUGUUUGUGGAUUGGAUCAAAACAAUAAUCUAUUAA